UGCCUUAUCACUAAAAUUAAACCAUUUGUUUAAUUCAACACAGAAAGUCAAACCGGUCGUUUAUUGAUAAAGUUGCUUUCACAAGAACAGGUUGUGCCUUUCCGGGAUGAAUAAGUUACAAAGUUGUCUAAUAUGUUUAGUGGUUACCUUAUUGGGUGCCCAAGCUGCCCCAACCGAGCUGACCGGCGAAGGCUCCAACGGAGAGGUGCAAUCCUCAGCUGAUUCCGCCGCUACUAAUCCAUAUCAGGAGUUGUUUCUCAACGAGUACCGUUCGGCGUGUCUGAAAAUGAGCGGCUCAGAGGCGGGUUAUCUCAAAACGGUGGCCGCGUUCCGUCCGGCCACGAUGUGCUUCGUGCAGUCCGACGGGGUGGCGGAAUUUAUGCUGGCAAUUAGACAAAAUGGUUCGACUAAGGAGGAACGAACGGCUAUCAUCGAUCGAUAUUUUCCUGCGUUGAAUCGAUCAUUGGACUGUUUUAACGACAUAAUUGAAGGUGCAGCCAUGUGCAGUGGUGACGAUUUAAGUGUUUCAAAAGAGAUUUACACAAAAAUGAUGACAAACUAUUUAGAACUUUUGUGCAAGGAUGGAGGGCAAUUUGUUUUUGAUUUUCAAAAGGAAGAAGUUCAGUUGUGUGUCUCCAACAUCGUCAAACAGGCUGAUCAUUGUAAAAUGUACGACAACAUGUUCAAAAAGCCAAUUUCUCAAUUCAAGGAACGAGAAUGCAGAAUACUUAAACAAUCAAAAAAAUGUCUCAAAGACCUGGCUGAUCGUUGCCAAGAAAUAAGCGUCAUGGACGUGUUUAAUGCAGCUUACAAUCCAAUAGAAGAAACUGCUAAGUGCAACCAGUAUGAUGAAGCUAUUGAGGAAGAAGAAAAUGCAGUUUGAAGUAAUAAAAUCACUGGAACUCAAUUUAGAAACACUAAAUAAAAUCAAUACACCAAACUUUCA